ACAAGGGAUUUCUAAUUUUUUUUAUCUUUUUUCUAUUUUUUUUCCUAUUAUUUAUUUCCCAUCAUUUAUAAGUGGACUAAACUACCUUUUUAUAUUUUCACCUAAACUCUAUGAAAUCAUUCGAUCAUUUACAGAAGAUUUGUCAAUCAUUUGAUUUCCAUACACAAUGAUAUAAUAAUAUUAAACUAUUGAUUGAAUAUCGUCUCUUUUUAUACUAAAAUUUUGAUUUGAAUAUCUUCUAUUUCCCAUCUCUUUACUCUAGACUCGUCUCCACCCUCUUGACAGCCGCCUCCGCCGUUCGCCGCCUCCCCUGUUCGCCGCCUCUGUCUCCACCCUUCUCUUCCCGCCGUCUCUUCACUCCAAAAUAAUUGUGAUUCUGAUGGAUCACAUUGAUGAAAUUGAUAUUAUUGACUGGGAUAGUAUAGAAAUUACUCCACUUGAAGAAUCACAGAUUGGUGCUCCUGAAAGCUUGAUGGAUGAAGAAACAAUGUUUGCAUUUGUUGGUCUAACCUUAGAGAAACCUAGUGAUGCACUAGUAGAUGGAAUGAAUUAUGGUCCAAUUGUUGAUGAGGUAAUGGACAUACCAGUUGAUGACCAUAUUCCUAAUGAAGAGAAUGUAUUUUAUGAUAUGGAUGACCCUCCGAUGGAUGUUGGAACCAUAUACACAAAUAUGAAUGAUUUUAGGAAAGCAGUGAAGCAACAUGCUAUAAAGACUCAGUUUGAACUAGGAACAGAGAAAUCCAACCCAAAUUUGUUCAGGGGCUUCUGCAAAGCUGAGAGUUGUCCAUGGUCAAUUGUUGCUAGGUGGAUGAAAAAUGAAAAGCAUGUGAAGGUUUGUUUGAAUAAAGGUGAGCAUUUUUGUUCAUCCACUGGCAGAGUAAGGACCAAGAUGACAUCGUAUCAUUGGGUUGGAGAAAAAGCAAUUCCUUUUUUAAAGAAAGAUCCAAACAUGGGAGCAAUUAAGUUGCAAAAUGAGUUGCAGGAGAAGUAUGUCACCACAAUUCAUUAUUCUACUAUAUAUGUCGGUAUGCAGAUUGCACGUGAAAAAUUGUAUGGAACAUGGGAGGACAAUUUUGGGAAUUUGUUUAACUUUAAGGCAAUGGUUGAGCUUAAAAUGCCAGGGAGUGUGGUUGAGAUAGGGUUGAAAGAGACUGAAGACGGGGUCUACUUUCAAAGAUUUUUUUGUUGCUUCAAACCAAGUAUCAAUGGCUUCCUAAAUGGGUGUAGGCCAUAUUUAAGUGUAGAUGCAACGGCUCUUAAUGGUAGAUGGAAUGGACAACUAGCUUCAGCUACUGCAUUAGAUGGGCACAACUGGAUAUUUCCACUUGCUUUUGGGUUGUUUGAAAGUGAGACCAAUGAAGAAUGGAUUUGGUUUAUGGAGCAGCUAAAGAGGGCAAUUGGAAGUCCACCUCAUUUAGCUAUUUGCUCAGAUGCAUGCAAGGGGUUGGAGAAUGCUGUGAAGGCGGUGUUUCCAUUGGCAGAACAUAGAGAGUGUUUUAUCCACUUGAUGAAGAAUUUUUCUAAGAGGUUUCAAGGUCCGAUUUUUGGACACAUGUAUCCUGCAGCUAGGACAUUUUGUCCAAUUUAUCAUGAAAAACUAAUGCACAAGAUGUACGAAGCAAAUGAUAGGGUGCAACCAUUCUUAGAGACAUAUCACACCCUGCUUUGGAUGAGGAGCAAAUUUUCUGAAGACAUCAAAUGUGACUAUAUUACAAACAAUAUUGCAGAAGUGUGGAACAACUGGGUAAAGGACCUUAAGGACCUUCCAAUAGCCGAGCUAGUUGACAGUCUGAGAUCAAAGUUCAUGGAGCUCUAUGCAAGGAGGAGAGAUAUAGGUGAAAGAUUGGAAGGCCAUACCAUGCUUCCAAUUGUUGUUCGCCAUCUCAAUGUUCUUAGUAGACAAUUGGGUAACUUGAAGGUCAAAGUAGGUGGUAUGGGUGAGGCAGAGGUGACUGAGAUCACAGAUAGACACAAGGUAAUUAGACAUGUUGUGAAUCUUGCACAACACACUUGCUCAUGUAGGGAGUGGCAAGUCUAAGGAAAACCAUGCCCACAUGCAUUAGCAGUGAUAACUUCACAUAGAAAUCCAAAAAUGGAAGAUUACCUACAUCCUUACUUUUUAGUGAGUCUAUUUAGGCUAGCAUAUACAGGGGUAAUUAGCCCAUUUCCCGACAAGUCUCAGUGGCCUAGCAUAGACCUUGGCUUCAAGGUGUUACCUGCUUUGAAAAAAAAAGCUCCCGGCAGACAGAGGAAACAUAGGAUACCUGGAUGCUUAGAAGGCAAAGGAAACAAAUCUAGAACAAAACGAAUGUGGCAGAUCCAAUGUAAGCAAUGCAAAGAGUUUGGUCAUAGGGAGUCAUCAGCUAAAUGUGUCUUUAAUGGAACAAAGAAAAGGAAGAGCCGUGCAAAGGGACGACCUUUAGGUGGGAUGCAUGCUAGUACAUGUCAAAGGCAUGGAGUAGUUGAUGAACCAAUGAGUGAAUUGUAGCAUGGAGGUGGAGGAAAGCCUAAACCUAGAAGACGUACUAAUAAAAAUGUGUACGAAGAAGAAACUCACUUCCAGGAAGUUAAUUUAGUGAUAAUGUAUUUUGAGGAACUAAGCUUUUGAAGAACAUGUUCAUGGAUGACCUAUGCUUUUGUGGAAGUAUUUUGUGGAUGAUAUAUGUUUUUGUGGAAGUAUUUUGUGAAACUAUGUUUUUGUGAAUCCAUACUUUUGUGGAAGUAUUUUGUGGAUGAUAUAU